AUGUCACAGCGCCAUAUGCACUUCAAAGUUAAUGAGCUUGCACACCAUGCGGCAGAGGUUUUUGGUGCAAAAACAUGCAUCAAUAUUGCAAAUAUGUUGUCAACUAUGGAUGAUGGCUCUUGGGUAGUGGCCAAAGUUCCGAAUCCAAACGCUGGUCUACCUCAUUGGACCACUACCAGCGAGGUUGCGACGAUGGAUUUCGUAAGUUCCACUAGCAUGCUUUUGGUUUUCAUACAAGACAGGUUUGCUAUUGUCAGAUCAAUCGCUAGUUUUCAGCAAGUCUGGACUUCAGUUGUUUUCACAAGAUAUGGAAGCCUAUAUUGUUCAAGAGAUCUAGAAGAUGUGGAAAGUAGCCAGCCACUCUACAUGUACGCAAAUGGUGGCCAUAUAACAAAAAAGAGUUUUGCUAUUGGCCCGUCCGUAGCACGUGAAACAUUUUAUAACAGAAGAGCAGCCGUCGAUUUCGAUAGAGGAUCAUGUAAGCUCCUCCCCGCGGAUCAAACCAUAUCAUCCGCGCAUCUUUGGCAUGAUGACUUGCACGUUGCUAGCAUCUUCGCUGAUCCCGCCGAGCCUACCAAAGUUGUGGGCCUUAUAGACUGGCAGUCAACAGAGAUAUCUCCGCUCUACUUUCAUGCCCGGCAGCCCCAAAUCAUCAACUAUGUCGGACCAACCAUUAACGGUCUGCAACGGCUACAGCUUCCGAAGGACUGGGAAGAAUUCAAACCUUCCGAAAGAGAGGUGGCUAAUACUCUAUAUCUACCGCAAUCGCUCUUGAGUUUUCAGGCAAAGGAGAUUCAAACUACGUAUUCGAUUUUUCAGAAAAAAGAGAAGAUCUCAAAGGCGGACGCUGAAGGUGCGAUACGAGGUAUGGAAGCAAUGAGUUCAAUAAGAGAGAGCUUAGGGGAUUUUUUCCCUGAGAAGGGAAUCGUGAAGCAAGAUAAUUAUGAAGAAGCACUGGACGCAUUGUCAGAGAUGAAAGAUCGAAAGAUCAGUAAAUUUGCCAGCAAUGCGAAGGAAAGGGAGGCUUGGGAAAAAGAAUGGCCGUUUGGAAAUUUAAAACAAAACUCUGAAGUGGUGUAA